AUUUCCUGAGGUUUUGAAGAUCAAGACUUCGAGCGUUACAGCCGUAUAGCACACGAUGGCGCCCAUAAAAAAGACCAAGGCUUCACCCAAGGUCCGCUCUUCUGGAUCCAAGGAACCAUCACUCAAAAAAGUGAAAGGCGAGAACUUUUACCGCAAUGCAAAACAAGUCUCCCGUCUCAAGAUGCUGUCUGGGGGGAAGGCCAUCCGCGACAAGGAUGGCAAGAUAAUUCAGGCUGCUGCUUUUCAGAAGGGAGAAGAUGAGACAAAACCUGGUCGAGUUCAGCCCGAUCGUAGAUGGUUUGGCAAUACACGAGUGAUCUCACAGACAGCUCUUGAUCAUUUCAGAACGAGUCUUUCGACGAAGAAGGAUGACCCAUACUCAGUGCUACUUCGCCGGAAUAAAUUACCCAUGGCACUCUUGGACGAUGCGUCUAAUCCUAACACUCGAAAGCGAUCCCACAUCGUAGAAACGGAACCUUUCAGUGAAACUUUUGGACCCAAGGCUCAGCGCAAGAAGGCUAGGAUUGACGUCGGCACUUUUGAGGAACUGAGUAAAUUAGGCACAGCUGCAGUGGAAGAUGCAGAGCAAGCGGCCAAUGCUCGAGAAUUAGCGCAAUCUUUCGAAGUUCCCGAACUGAAAACCCACGCAGACUAUAUUGAACCCAUUUUCGCCAAAGGAACGUCUAGACGCAUCUAUGGGGAGUUGUACAAGGUUAUUGACUCUUCGGACGUUAUCCUGCACAUCCUCGAUGCUCGAGACCCCCUUGGCACCAUGUGCGAAUCUGUACUCGAGUAUAUGAAAAAAGAGAAAGCGCACAAACAAGUUGUUCUUGUCAUAAACAAGUGUGACUUAGUUCCCAAUUGGGUUACCGCAAGGUAUAUCCAACAUCUAACACCUCGAUACCCUACAAUUGCCUUUCACGCAUCACCGAAUCACUCGUUCGGCAAGGGCUCUUUAAUUCAACUUCUUCGCCAAUUCUCCCAGCUUCAUUCAGAUAAGAAGCAAAUUUCCGUUGGAUUUGUCGGAUACCCAAAUGUGGGCAAGAGCAGCGUUAUCAAUACGCUGAAGAGCGGUAAGGUCUGCCGCGUUGCCCCUGUACCAGGAGAAACCAAGGUUUGGCAGUAUAUCACAUUGACCCGGCGGAUAUAUCUCAUCGACUGUCCCGGGGUAGUCCCCACGUCCGCAAACGAUUCCCAGGCGUCCACUGUGCUGAAAGGCGUGCUACGUGUGGAAGCCCUUCCCGUACCGUCUGAGCACAUUCCCGCACUCAUGUCACGCGUCAAGCCUUUGUACCUCUCACGAACGUAUGGUGUCGCACUUCCGGACCCCGACGAUCCCUCUCGCUCGUGGGAUCCGGAACAGUUCUUGGACACUCUUGCGCGGAUGAAGGGACGACUAUUAAAAGGCGGCGAACCAGAUGUAAAUGGUGUCGCUAAAAUCAUACUGAGCGACUGGGUGAGAGGCCGGAUACCAUUUUUUGUGUCUCCCCCUGAGCGGUCGGAGGAGCUGAACAAAACCGAAGCCAAAUUAAAGGCGAGAAGUAAGGGCAAAGCGAAGGCUGUUGACAGCGGGAGCGAGGUUCUGGCGGUCAAGCAGAAUUUGAAGACCAUUACACAGAAAAACACGUUCCUAGCCGAGGACGUGCAGCCGUUGGAUGAAGAUGAUGUUGAGGAUGAAGAAAUUCCCGCCACCCCCGAAGAUCAUACAUCAACCGAGGAUGAAGGUAGCGAACUCGGUAGCGAGGAGGGCAACGAAGAUGAGGUCGACGAAUUAUCUUGGAACGAUGUCUUCAACGAUGGGAAGGAGCCAGUCAGCGAAGCUGUUGAAGCUGAUUUGUCUUCGGCCGAGCAAGGUGACGCAUCCGAUAUAGAGGCCACUGCCCCGACAAAGAAUCCACGUAUGAAGACGAACAAGAAAAAAGCGGCGAAUUUCUACACUAACACUAAUGUGAAGAACAAAAAUCGAAACAAGGCGGCUGUGAUGAGAUCUCUUCCUGUGGGCAAGAAGGGUGAAGGACGUAAACGGCGCUGAUACUUGACUAGUUUAUAUGUUGCUGUAUAAAGCGGUGUCUGGUACCCUGUUGUCAAAAGUUGACAUUCGGAUCUUUCUCGGUUCCUUUGAACGUGAAACCCUGCACGCCAUUCACAACGAUAAGACCCCAGACUCUGCUCGACAUCUUCCAGCUUAAUAUUGUGGCCUAAC